CUCAUGUCUGACCGGCGGUGUUUGGUCUCUUAUUCUUCUUCUUCUUCUUCUUCUUCUUCUUCUCCUUCUCUUCGUCCCUGGACGUCUUCUGACGGCUCGUCCUCGCCGCCAUGCUCGGGAUGUUCCGCUUCUGCUGGACGGUGUCGCUCGCCCUCCAAAUGGCGUCGGCGGUGGAUCGUCUGUACUCGUCGGAGGAGGACGGGCUGGCGGUGCUGAGCGGCUCCGGCCUCAAGUCCGCCGUCACCAACUCGUCCUCCGCCUGGCUCGUCCAGUUCUUCUCGUCCUGGUGCGGACACUGCGUCCACUUCUCCGCCACCUGGAAGGCCCUGGCCCGGGACGUCCAAGACUGGCAGCAGGUGAUCAACAUGGCCGUGCUGGACUGUGCACAGGAAGACAACUAUGACGCCUGCAAAGAAUACAACAUCAAGUUUUACCCGACAUUUAAGUAUUUCCACGCUCACUGUCCACCCACGGACCAAGGGACGACCUACAGAGGUGCAGACAGACAGGUGCAGUCCAUGAGACGGCUGAUGGUGGACAUCUUGCAGAACCACACCAGAGAACAUUUACCUGAUCACUGUCCACCUUUAGAACCCUGGAGCUCUGCGCAGAUCUUUCCUCUGCUGGGUCAAAGGUCAAGUGACUACUCCGCCGUCAUCGUGGAGGAGGCGGAGUCAUACGUUGGCCGAGAGGUGACCCUGGACCUGCUGCAGUACUCAGGCGUGCACGUGAGGAGAGCACUGAGCUCCGACCGCCCCCUGCUGGACGCUCUCAACACCUCCGCCUUGCCCGCCGUCUACCUGCUGCACCCCAACGGAACACACGCACACCUGCACGCUGAAAAGAGACAGAGGUUCUUCUUCACGUCUUUGUUGAGGACGUUGCCAGGCGUCCAUCGCAGGUGGAAUAGUGCACGCUCGCCCAGCAGGGAGGGAGCCUCGUCCCCACACUCCUCCAAGACCUGGAGACACUUUGACAGCUCCAAGGUGUACACAGCUGAUCUGGAGUCAGCCCUGCAUUACCUGCUGAGAGUGGAGCUGGCCAGUCAUCCCACACUGGAGGGGGAGGAGCUGAGGGUCUUUAAGGACUUUGUCACCUUGGUCGCCAAGUUGUAUCCAGGUGGGGGUCCAGGGGUGAAGCUCAUGGAGACCCUCUCUGAUUGGCUGCACAGUCUGCCAUUGCAACAAAUCCCCUACCAAGCUGUCCUGGACCUGGUGGACAACAAGAUGAAGAUCCCUGGUGUGUUCUUGGGGGCGGGGCUUAACUGGGUUGGUUGCCAAGGCAGCAGAGCUGGUCUGCGUGGUUACCCGUGUGCUUUGUGGACUCUUUUCCACGUCCUGACGCUCCAACUUGAUGCCACACCUCGUGCACUGGCUAACACUGGCCUGGAUGCAGAAGGCGCUCCAGUGUUGAAGGUCAUGCGAGGUUACAUGAAGAACUUCUUCGGGUGUGAAGACUGUGGCCGACACUUUGAGAAGUCCUGCUCAACUUUGACCUCCGUCCACUCUCCUCAAGAGCAAGUCCUGUGGUUGUGGAGACAACACAACAUGGUCAACUCCAGACUAGCAGGUUCUCUAAGUGAAGACCCUCUGUUCCCCAAAGGGGCGUGGCCUAGCCCCUCCCUCUGCCCGUCCUGUCACGAGGAGAACAAUGGCGUCCACGUCUGGGAUCUGGCCAGCGUGCUCAGCUUCCUGCGACGUCACUACGCCGCCGACAACCUGUCCUCCGCACACGCCGCCAUCCCGCCCACGCCCCACGCGGCUCAGAGCGGCCGUCCAUCGCCCCGCCCCCAAACGGAGGCGCUUCUCACGCCGGGGGGCGGGGUGUGGACGUUGGCGGCGGGCUUCAACGGCGUGGACAUGAGUCUGUGUGUGGUCCUCUACGUGUCCUCGUGUCUGCUCCUCAUCAUCCUCUUCUUCUUCUUCAGAGUGCGCUCCAGGAGGUGGAGGCACCCCCGCCUCCCCCUCUGAUGGACACACCCCCUCAUUAGGCCCCGCCCCUCGCCAUGUUUGACCUCUUUUUCUUGUGGAAAUGAAACUGUGACCAAAUGUCAUGACUCAGCACUUUUACCUUUCUAUGACAUCCAAUAAACUUGACUGAUGACUCAA